CCCAUGUGUGCAAGUGGGUACGCCAUUGUAUAUAUAUGUAGCCUAAAUCACACGGUAGGGCAGUACUAGUCCACUAACUCAAACAAACACAUUUAUCGAGAAUGAAUGGUAGUGAGAUUAGAAAUACUAGAGGAGUCCUGGAGUUUGACGAUGCCGUUUUGGAGUCAAUUAGGCUUCAUCUGAUGGAGGACGAGGAUUUCUUAGAGCCUUUUCCGAUGCCUUUCGAUGCGGUCAACGACACCAUAGAUGCUUUUUUACAAGUUGAAGAAUCAGAGAAUAACAACCAUGCCACAUACAUAACACUUCCCGACACUCCGGUGGUCGAUUCCGACGAUAUUGUGCCCCUAGAAGUUCAAGUGUCGGAGGACAACAAUGUUGAUACUUUUUGUGAGGCUCCAGUGGACGAGGUUCAAUCACCGGAGAUAAACGAGGAGGCGCGUGAGAAGCAUGCGCUGCCAAAGCUGAAGAAAUAUAAAGGUGUGUGGAGGAGGCCAUGGGGGAAGUACGCGGCCGAGAUUAGACAGUCUAAAAAGAAGGGCGCAAGAAUUUGGCUCGGUACGUACGACACGCCUGAGGAUGCGGCUUUGGCUUAUGACCGAGCCGCCUUUAAAAUUCGAGGCUCCAAGGCUAAGCUCAACUUUCCACCUUUAAUCGGCUCUAAUGAUUAUGAGCCUGUAAAGAUGACACAUAAGCGUAAAUCGCCCGAGCCUGUGCCCGAGCCUUGUAGGCCGUCUUCGUCUUUUUCUACUUCGUUGGAUGUUGAUUGUCGACGGAAGCCUAAGCGGAGAUUGAAUGAGAUAGCCUCCGCCGCUCCAGCCAUUCUGGGGAAACUAAGACAAAUUUUGAAUCCUUAAAAAAAAAAAAAAGGUAUAAUUAUUUUUAUUAUUUUUAAAUUUGGUUGCG